GUCAUUUUUCAUGCUCGUUGAAGUUUAUAGAGUAGAAAAAUUGGAAAAAGCUUUAAUCUUUGGGUUUGUUAAUAUUACAGCUUAGCAAAUUUGAUGAAUUAAUAUUCAAAUCUUGUGGAGAAGUUAUGAUUUUUUUGUGCUUUUGUAUGAUUCUUUCUCCAAAACCAAACCACUUGAUAAUGUGAAAAAGCUAUCACCUGCUCCAUUUCAUCAACUCCAUCUUAACAAUCUCACUUAGAAUAUGUAUAUAUACUCUUUUGAGAAGCUGAUUCUAUCAUCACAAUCAAUUACUUCAAACAACAAUCUUUGCAUCUCUGAUCAUCUUUCUUCUUCAAUGGCAGGUCAAAAGAUACUUUCUUUACUGGUUAUAGCUCUUGUUGUUACUUUUGCAGCUGCGGCUCGGCGUCUUGAUGAAGAAGAUACAUUCUCGGCUACAGCAACCUCUGGCUCUGCCUCAACUGCUGGAUCAGGAUCCUUUCCUGGUUCGGGUUCCACAGGAAAUGGUUUUGGUGCAGGAACAGGGUCAAGUGGUUCAGGUUCUACUGGAACUGGUUUUGGUGCAGGUACAGGAUCAAUACCAUCAAGUGGUUCAGGUCCUUUGACUACAACUGGUCCUGGUCCUUUACCAAUUGCCGGCUCUGUUCCUGGUUCUUUACCGGGUGGUGGUUCAGGUUCUUUGCCUACCACUGGUCCUGGUCCUUUACCAGCUGUAGGCUCUGGUGGUUCAGCUACUGGUUCUGGUGUAGGCGCAGGUGCUGGUCCAACUUUUGGUGCUGGUGCGGGCACCGGUUCAGCUCUUGGUGGUGGUGCGGGUGCUGGUGUGGGUGCUGGUGCUGGUGCGGGUGCUGGUGUGGGUGCUGGUGCAGGUGCUGGUCCAGCUCUUGGUGGCGGUGUAGGUCCUGACAACACAUUGGUAUUUUUUAUGCACGAUAUUCUCGGUGGUUCAAAUCCCACAGCCAGAGCUGUAACUGGAGUUGUUGCAAACCCAGCUUUAAGUGGCCAACUCCCUUUUGCUAAAACCAACGGUGCAAACCUUGCUGUAAGCAACGGAGUUCCAUCAGACAGCAACAACAACGGGAUUGUCAACAACAACAAUGUCCCUUUCCUCGUUGGAUUAGGUGGAACCACAGCCAACAUUCUUCAGGACAAUGGAAACGGAAACAACAAUAUUGUAAACGGUUUCAGUGUUGCUAGCGGUGGUCAGCUCCCAAGUGGUUCCGCUCUUCAAAUGCUAAUGUUUGGGACAAUGACUGUGAUCGACGAUGAACUAACCGAAGGGCAUGAGCUUGGAUCUGGUCUGCUCGGGAAAGCGCAGGGAUACUACGUGGCGAGUGCUGUUGACGGAACUAGCCAGACAUUAGCCUUCACUGCGAUGUUUGAGAGUGGCGGUUAUGAAGAUAGUAUAAGCUUCUUUGGGGUUCUCAGAACAGCGGUUUCUGAAUCGCAUUUAGGAGUUAUGGGAGGUACCGGAAAGUAUGUGAACGCGAGAGGAUUCGCGAUUGUGAAGACGUUUACCGGAUCCAGCGGGAGCGGGGGACCGCAGAAUCUGCCGCAUCAGUUCACUGAUGGGCUUGAGACUGUUCUCCAAUGUACCGUUUAUCUUUCUUACUAGUUUUAUUUUUCUUCUUCUGUUGGUAUUUGGGAAUGUUUGGUUUGUGUGUGAUGAUGUAUCAUUUGUAAUCUAAGUAUGAAAGUUGUGUAAGAAAAAUUGUAUUUACUUCUUUAUUUCAUUUUCUCUCAAAAUUGCUUAUUUGUUUGGACU